CUCGAAGCCUUUAGCUAAACGUUUUAACAUUUGGCCACAAAUUUAAAAAUGAACUUUGCCAACUAAUCGGUGGAGAAUAACGUUUAUCCAUACAUUAAUGCAGCAUGGAUGAAUCUCGGCAGCUGCAUCAGCUGCUCCUUUGAGAGUGCGAGCGUGCGAGCGUGCGUGUAUGGAUGCCGUGCGGGUCAACCAUUAAACAACAUCAAUAGCAUUGCCGAUCUCUAUUCCCCCAGAGCACCACCCACCAACACCCGCACCUUAAUCGCAAGACCAUCGGGGACGACACCGACAACCACUGUAAGUAAGUGCCCGCCCUUCUUCACCGGUUGAACCGAAUUGGAACACUCUCAAGGACUUACGGGCUGGCCGAGGCCUGGUCUAGAAUGAAUCCGCCGGUCUUGUCGGCCUCGUCGGACGGACCGUUUUGGUUCCGCACCGCCACGCAAGCUAUUCUUAAGAACUGGACCGCCCUACAAUUGAUCGUGGCCCAUCAGAGCGCCGGGCCCGACACCCCUGCCAAAGCGGAGUGGUUGGCCACGGCCAUCCCUCAGUGGUUCGCCGAAAACCCCGACCUCACGCUCGACGAAGUGGCCGGAUUCUUGGAGGACCUCAUCGUGGAUGAGUUCCAUGUGCAAAUCGACGAUGGAUCUUACGAAGAAGUGGGCGCCAUGUUGCUCAAAUAUCAGCGGAUCUGCCACACCCUCCCGGCCCAACAAGUCCAAGUCGAAUUGCGCCAGUUACCGCGUUGUGAUUUGGCCCGAUCCCGAGUCGAAGACCCGGGGCUCGACCCAUCCGAGCCAGGUUCGGCUCCUGUGGCCAUGGAGACGAGCUCGUCCACCCCUUCCAACAUCGCUCUGACUCGGAUGACCAUGGACGAGGCGGAAGAACCAGUGACUUCGGCCCCCAUGGAUCCCGAUGCUUGGAUCACGGUCGCUCCGAAAAAGAAAGGUCGUGCCGUAAAAUCCGGCCCUCCUUUGUCCUAGCGGUCACACACGAAUUUUACAAAUAGAUAUGAUUGAAACAUUGACUGUGUGCUGACGGUUGGCUCAAUCCACUCGAAUUCAGCAUUCGUUUUCAUUGCA